CUUCCGUCUCAAGAUGGCGGAGUAUGCGAAUCUCCUCCGAAGGGCUUGGGGACAAAUAUCAGGUCACGGAGGAGUCCGAGGUUUUCUCACUCAGUUCUUCAGGGUGAAUGAUAUUAAGACAGGAGCCCUGGUUGGCGUGGACAAAUAUGGAAACAAAUACUACGAGGACACGAAGCACUACUUCUUCGGACGUCACCGCUGGGUGAUCUACACCACAGAGAUGAACGGGAAGAACACCAUGUGGGAGGUGGACGGCAGCAUGGUUCCUGCUGAAUGGCACCGCUGGCUGCACUGUAUGACAGACGACCCCCCCACCACACAUCCUCCAGACCCAAAGAAGUUCCUCGCCGAGGUCCACCAGUUGAACGUGAGCGGCAGCUCGCAGCAGUACGUGCCGUACUCCACCACCCGCAAGAAGAUCCACGAGUGGGUUCCACCCAAAGCCGGAGCUCAGUGAACUCCGACUGCACGUUUGUAAAUUAUGGUUUCUCGCCAACAAGUCCCGAAUAAAAUCUCUAUACAGA